AUGCCGCCUACUGUUGGAGUGAUGCAAGAUGAAGAUGGGAAUGAGCUUUAUGAUGAUGAUUCCGCUCCUGCUGUUGCACCACGAACAUCCCCCACUCCAGUUGGUGGAUUGAUGGCUGUCGACCUUGUGGGAACACCGCCUGAUGCUCUUGGUGGUGGAUCUCCCAUUGACUCCGCCGCUCGCCAUGAGACUGCUGCAGUUCUUGCAUCCUUGGCAAAUGGAUCUACACCACCAGUUAUUGCUGGUGCAGAGGUAUCGCCCACCGAAUCCGACACAGCCAAUGCUGGAGGAACAAAACGCCCCACUCCAGUAAAUACAUCGCGACACACAAAGGCAAAGCAGGGAGCUCCUCGCAUCUACUGUUGGUGGUAG